UGAUGAAGAAAGUUUACAAAUGCAGCUUGAUAAUGAUAUUUAUAUUAGUAAUUUGGACAAUGAUAAUAUUGAAGUUGAACUAGAGGAAGAAAUUAUACCAAAUUUGCAAAAUAUAAGUUUUGAAGAAGCAGUUACAAUAAGUGAAAAAAAUUUGAAUAAAUAUUUAGAAUUAGCUCAAAAAGUUAAACUUUAUAGUAGAGUUAAAUCAGAUAUUUGGAAAUAUGUAAGUGAAGAAACUCGAAAAUGUUCAAAAUGUUCUAAAAUAUUUAAUUUAGCAACAGCAACUACUUCUAUUCAACAAUUUAAUGAUGCUACUAUUGAACUUUCAUCACAAACUUAUCCAACAAUUGCACAUGUACAAAUAAUUUUAUUAACUCUUAGAAAUAAUUUAGAAUCUGAAAAAGAUCCUAGAUAUAAAAAAUAUUGUUUUUCUAAUAUGACUGAUGAAGAGAUUUUAAUACCAAUUAGACAAAAAAUAAAUCAACAAUUAUCAUCUUUACUAAUAGCUAAAUCUAAAAAAUUAUCAAGUUUUUAUCAAAAAUUAAAAUAUACAUCACAACCAAAACAAAUAAUAAAUGAUGAAGUUCAAAAAUAUUGGUUAUAUGCAGAAGCAGAUGAAACAAUAAAACUUUUAGAUUGGUGGAAUACUUAUACAUUUCAUAAAUAA